AUGCUUGGCGCCGCGCUGCCGCCCGUGCUGGCCGCGCUGCGCGUCAAGGUGCCCGCCUCCGACGUCAGCAGGCACGUCUCGGCGCUGGUGCGGACGCUCGACCUCUCGCGGCCGCUGCCCAGCCUGCAGGCGCGGCAGUGGCAGGCGGUGGUGGCGCUGCUGCUGGCGGGGCUGUCGUGGGGGCGCCUGGAGGGGCUGAGGCCUGUGUUCAGCCGCGCGCGGCCGUCGCCGCUGCUAUUGGAUAUGUUAGACGACCUGGGUCUUGACAUGGAUCGCUUUGUUGCGCUGCUGGAGCUUCUGCAUGAAGAGAUCUGA